ACCAAUGACUAAUGACCUUCCUUGUGAGGCUUCAUGGUAGUGGUUGGAAGGUGAAAGGAGGGUUAUCCAUUAUUGGCUAUUUGGGGAUGCCGGAACAGUUAUAGGCCUGUAUAGAAAGAUGCAACGUUGUUAUUUAAUCUUUAAUUUGGUGGAGCUACUGAAUGCAUAUGAUGCUUUGUGAAACAAGAGGACCUGUCAUGCUCAAAAAAGUUCUUAAUCCUAGAAGAUGAUAAAAUUUCUGAGGAAGCAAUCAGUAUGAUGACUAGUUCUGGGUUUUUUUUUAUCUCUUGCUCAUUUUUCUACUACAUAAUGCAACCAACUUACAUCAUCUGAAUGUUUCCUUCUACUUUUCAGCGAUAGUACCACUCAGGAAGCCAUGGUAGUCAAUAAAAAGUUGACCGAAGAAGAGAAAGCUACUCUUGAGAACAGAUUGAAACAAUAUGAGUCUACACUCAGCAUCUCCCCAAAGGAUCCGGUUGCACUUGAAGGAACUGCGGUAACCUUGGCGGAGUUGGGGGAAUAUACCAGGGCUGCCUCUUUGUUACAGGAUUUGGCAAAUGAAAAGCAAAAUGACCCUGAUGUUUACCGUUUGCUUGGAGAAAUUAAAUAUGAACUUAACGACUAUGAAGGCAGUGCUGGUGCGUACAGGAUGUCGGCUAAGGUCUCCAAAAGCACCAACUUUGAAGUUUUACGUGGACUUACUAAUGCACUGCUUGCGUCCAAGAAACCAGAUGAGGCUGUUAAAUUCCUAUUGGCUUCUCGAGAACGGCUUACAUCUGAGAGAUCAAGUGCAGCUGGGGCCAAAGCUGAUGAUGCACAAAUGAAGGAUCAACCAGAAGUCGUAGAUCCUAUUCAGGUCGAUUUGCUACUUGGGAAAGCAUACUCGGAUUGGGGGCAUAUCAGCGAUGCGGCAUCAGUCUACGAUCAGAUCAUCUCCAGUCACCCUAAUGAUUUUCGGGGCUACCUGGCAAAGGGAGUUUUACUGAAGGAGAACGGGAACCCAGGAGAUGCUGAAAGGAUGUUUAUACAAGCACGAUUUUUCGCACCAGACAAAGCAAAGGCCCUCGUUGAUCGAUACGCCAGGAAAUGAUCGAUUGACCGGACCAAUCUGUGCCAAUCGGUUUUGGUAGUUUGGGCACUUACUCGGGGGCAUAAAUUAGGUAAUGUCAUGUACCACGCCCCAUUUCAUGAGUUAACAAGUUCAUCCAUGAAUAGGAAACAGCCGCCAUUCUGCAAAACAGCAACGAGAGUCUGUAAUGAACGUCUUGACGCGUU